AUCCUACAAAAAAUACCAACAAACCAAAACAUCAAAAAUAUUCAUCAACUCAUACAAACAACCCUUUCAAAAAUAUUUCAAGUUAGUUAUGGAAUUCCCAAAAAUAAUAUUCUUUUUAUCUCUCCUUGUUUCCCUCUCAUCCGCCACAAGUGUCGUUGACUUUUGUGUGGCGGAUUUGAGAUAUCCCGGUACACCAGCAGGAUAUCCGUGUAGAAAUCCUGCUAACCUAACAGCCGAUGACUUUGUUUACUCUGGUCUUGCUGUUGAAGGCAACACAUCAAACAUCUUCAGUGUUGCUAUAACUGGAGCGUUUGAUGUCACGUUCCCAGCUCUAAACGGCCUAGGACUUUCCAUUGUGAGGUUAGAUAUCGGAGUAAAUGGAGUUGUACCGAUCCACUCACAUAGGGUAUCAGAGGUUAUACUGAUGAUUGAAGGGACAAUAAUCGCGGGGUUUAUAGGCUCAGAUAACACUGCUUACUAUAGAACAUUAACUCGAGGGGAUAUCAUGAUUUUUCCUGCAUCGUUACUUCACUUCCAAGUUAAUAUAGGUGAGGCACCCGCUCUAGCGUUCGUUAGCUUAAAUAGCCCUAAUCCCGGAUUCCAAACCUUUUCCACUUCUAUAGCUGCAAAUAAUCUACCAACUGAAAUAAUUCGAAGGAUCACUUUGAUUGACGCGGCACAAGUGCGGAGGUUGAAGACCAUCUUUAGUGGAACUAAUUAAUAAGAUUAUUUGAAUGUCAUUAAUUUGGAUUUGUGUGUUACCAAAUAAAAUAGUACAAUUUGUAUAUACUUCAUUACUUCUUAUGUUUUUAGUGUGCCUUUGAAUAAUAUAUGCAUGAUAUCAUGCAUAUGUACUUUACUUGUAAAGUUGUAACUCAUAUAUCUUUAAACCUCGUCAAUGAAAGAAUUUGUAUUGCUUUGUGUGGAA